GACACAGCUGUAUUUUUGUUGCGGUGUGACGUUGUUGUGUUGUUUGGUACAAUGUGGUGUAUUUUAACUAUAACAUUUUCUACUAUAUUUUAAUAAACAAUGCCACCAAGUGAAUUAAAUUUAAAAACAUUCACAUCUUACCUUACCUCUAAUCCUGAAAAUGGAAGCACCAUGGCAGCAGCAGGAAACCCCGUUGUUUUACGAUUUGUGCAGAUUGUGCUUACAAGACAAUGCUGGUGCUGACACCUUCAAUUUUAUUUGCGAAAGCCUUCGUGACGACAUCUUCACAUUUACCGGACUGAAAGUUAGGUUGGGUGACAACCUGCCGCAGCGGAUCUGUGCCUCAUGCUUGCAGAUUCUGAACAGUAUCAAAUAUUUGAAGAUUUUGGCAACAGAGAAUUACAAACAUUUAAACACAUUAUUAGGGCAACAAUUUGAAAUAAUUGAUGAGCCUCUAUCCUCAAUAAAAUUGUAUGAUGAAAAAUUUACUCAAACUGAUACACCAGAGACAUUUGAUGUAAGUAUAUAACAAUAAUUUCAGAAACGACAACCAA